CCUGAAUAGGAGAUAAAAGGGCGCGGCUGACAAGAGCGCCAGUUCCUUUCAGUGUGUUAACAGCCACAACCAGGAAGGUGGGGUCAAAUUGGCCGAAAACACCAAAAUACCAACAUUCCUGAAGGAUUAUUACCCAAUACAGCAUGGUGCGAUUCCAACCAAAGAGCACAGCCCUGUGGAACAUGUGAUGGCGAUGAUCAUCACUACUGAAUAACAAGAUAUCAGGCGUUCAGUUCUUGUCCAUUGAAAUAUAAAACCUCGCAUCAGCACAACCCCUUACCUUCGAACUUACUACUCUACUCCAACAGAACCUAAUUUUCAGGCUGUCAACCACCAGUCUGUCAACCACAAUGUUUGAUAAAAUCCGUGGAAAAUCGCCAUCAGGCCAUUCAAAACACGACUCCAGCGACAUCCACCAAGGCAGUCCUCUCUCCAUCCCCGGACCACCUUCCUACGCAGCCUCCUCCUCCACCCCAGUACCUCCCUUCCAAACCCGUUUCGCAUCCCUCUCCCUUCACAUGGAAGAUCGUAUCCGCUUUCUACGCUUCCCCGAGCCCGUCAUCUCCGCCUGCCGAAGUGCCAUCCUCUCCAACUGGCCCCAAGGCAUCUCCUCCGAGCGGCCCUACGCAAACUCGCACGAAAUCAAGCUCGACGGCUACCCUUGGCGUGGCUUUGGCAAAGAUGCAGCGCAAGCACGACGGCUCGUCAAAGGCGUGCUAUCAACGCUGCACGCGAACGGCUGGAUACUAACGCUUACCACGGACGUCAGUAAGACGGCAGCGGACAAGGAUACGUUGCUAUUCCGGUACCAGGCUCCACCGCCCGCGCGCCAUGAGUGGUGCAGUAUAGCGUUUUCGCGGCAGAGUCGGCUAAGAUUUAUUGAUUGUCCGCCUGAGUUGUAUGCAAGUUUGCCGCAGAGGAUAGGGAGUGAAUGGCUCAAGGGACAGAGCGAGUAUGCGCCUGGUAUCUGGGAGUUUGAGCUGCAUGGUUAUCCGUGGUCGCCGACGGGCAAGACAACUAUGCAGGUUAGGGAGUUGCUUAUGGCACUGGUGGAGAUGCUGGAGGAGGAGGGGUGGAGCGUGUAUGCGAGUAUCGAUCAGAAGAGUAGCGGGGGGCAGGGGACGAGUGAGUCGGAUACUUGGUACUGUUGUAGAAUCAGGGGGUGGGAGAAGGGAAUGCCGGUUUACUGGAGGUGAAACUAUUUUGAAAUAUUUUACAGGUAGUUAUGCGAGCAAAUUAAUGUUCCUGAACAUGGUAAUUAACGUACAUC